AUGGCUGACCGCGCUCGAUCACCAGGGACCCAGUCGUGUCCUCCUCCCGAAUUGCCUCAGCUCGUCGCUGAGCAGCAUGUUCCUAUCCCCGUUCAUGAUAAAGAAACCAAGCGUUUGAUUGUCGUUCUUUCACAUGCCAGUUUGGAGACAUAUCGCGCUUCCCAUGGGGGUCGGAAUGGCGCGGGCCGGGAUGAAAAAUACUCACUGCUCAACAGCGACGAGCACAUUGGUAUCAUGCGCAAAAUGAACCGAGAUAUCAGUGAAGCGCGACCGGAUAUUACCCAUCAGUGCCUUCUCACUCUCCUCGACUCACCUGUCAAUAAAGCCGGCAAGCUCCAGAUUUACAUCCACACCGCAAAGGGCGUCCUGAUCGAGGUCAACCCAACGGUCCGCAUUCCUCGUACUUUCAAGCGUUUCGCCGGUUUGAUGGUCCAGCUGCUGCACAGACUGUCCAUCCGUUCGACCAAUUCGCAGGAGAAGCUGCUCAAGGUCAUCAAGAAUCCCAUCACGGAUCACUUGCCUCCCAACUGCCGGAAGGUGACCCUCAGUUACGAGGCGCCGGUGGUGCCAGUCAGAGAUUACAUUGAAUCUCUGGGCCCCAAGGAGAGUAUCUGUAUCUUUGUCGGCGCCAUGGCCAAGGGACAUGAUGAUUUUGCGGACUCGUUCAAGGAUGACACGAUCAGUAUUAGCAACUACAGUUUGAGUGCCAGUGUCGCGUGCAGCAAAUUCUGCCAUGCCGCUGAAGAAGCCUGGGAUAUUCUUUGA